GGCGGGCCCGGCCCGGCUCGGCCUGGUAUCCGGGUGGGGAAGGACAGCAUCGCCAUGGCGGACAGGCUAACGCAGCUGCAGGACGCCGUGAACUCGCUCGCAGACCAGUUCUGCAAUGCCAUCGGAGUGCUGCAGCAGUGCGGCCCGCCGGCCUCCUUCAGCAACAUCCAGACGGCAAUCAACAAGGACCAGCCGGCUAAUCCAACGGAAGAAUAUGCCCAGCUGUUUGCAGCAUUGAUUGCACGAACUGCAAAAGAUAUUGAUGUUCUAAUAGAUUCCCUGCCUAGUGAAGAAUCAACAGCAGCUUUGCAGGCCGCUAGUCUGUAUCGAUUAGAAGAAGAAAAUCACGAAGCAGCUGCCCGUCUGGAAGAGGUGGUUUAUCGUGGAGAUAUGCUGCUGGAAAAGAUACAGAGUGCCCUGGCAGAUAUUGCCCAGUCACAGCUGAAGACAAGAAGUGGCACGCAUAGCCAGCCCCUUCCGGACUCGUAGCACCAGGGGGCAGUGCACCCCUGCAAAAUGCAACUGUGAAAGCCAGAUGAAAACAGAGCUCUGUAUCUACAGGGAACUGCCGCACCCAGCCCUGCUCCUGUGGGACUUCCAAGUACUCUGAUCAUCAGUAACGAUGUCUUUCCUCAGAGGUUAAGUGGCAUGUGACAUGAGAAACACAUGGUGGUUCUGUUCUCAAAUUUCACAUCUUAGUGUAUAUUUCUUUGACUUAAAAUAUUAAUAUCUUAUUUUUUUUCUGUUCAUAAAUAUGUCUGACUUCAAUCUGUUACUUUUUAUAUGGGCCUUAAUGUCUAAAAGAAACAGUUACUGUAAUAGUAUUUGUGUAAUUUACUCAUCUGUCUGCAAACUUAUAUGUUCUUGUUGUAUUUUCUGUAAAGCUCAAAUAUGCUGUUUAAUUUGCCAGAGUUCAUACAGAUAAUGCUAGACAAUGGCACGAAUACAGUGGUGGCCAUUUGUUUUAAUUAACAAAAAUGGUAAUUAAACACUUGUAUUACUACUUAGCUUAUCUUUUACAGAGCAAGUAAAGGGGUAGGUAAACUCUAAAGUUUGCAGAGUAAGUGUUCAUGCCAUUGGCAUCUCAUUUAAAAAUAAAUAAAUCUGCAGAUA